AUGGCUGAUACCCAACCUCCCAACCAACCCCCCACCGACGUACAGCCAGAGGAGGGUCCUUCCAAGAGUGCCUUGAAGAAGGCCGCCAAAGCUGCAGAGAAGGCCGCCAAGGCAGCAGAAAAAGCAGCAAAAGCUGAACAAGCUGCUCAGGCCAAAGCUGAAGCCGAAGUCGACUUUUCUGCUGAUUUCUAUGGACCUCUUCCUCUCAAUCAAUCUCAGUCACGGCCUCGCCGACCCAGGGAUGAUCUCACGACUCUGUCCUCUCGCAUCGGCGAAACGGUCCUUCUACGCGUCAGAGUUCAGACUUCGCGUGCACAGGCAAAGAUGGUUUUCCUCAACCUACGUCAGAAGACCGACACGGUACAGGCUGUUCUUAUCGCUAGCGCCGGAAAGGUCUCGAAACAAAUGAUCAAGUGGACUGCCGGUUUGGCUGAUGAGAGCAUCGUCCUUGUCGAAGGUACUGCUGAGAAAACCUCGGAGCCUAUCAAGAGUGCAAGCAUUUCCGAUGUAGAAGUUCAUAUCUCCAAGAUUCAUUUGAUUUCCGGUUUAGAUACUCGCCUGCCUUUCUCAGUUGAGGACGCCAAUCGUCCCGACACGGAGGUGGACACCUCAGAAGUCCAAUAUAACCGUGUCCUCCUCGAAACUCGUCUGAACAACAGGGUUGUCGAUCUCAGGACCCAAACCAAUCAGGCUGUAUUCAAGCUGCAGGGCGCGAUCGGCGACCUGUUCCGCGAAUACCUCAGCUCACAUGGCUUCCUGGAGAUCCACAGUCCAAAAUUACAAGGCGCAGCAACAGAAUCUGGUGCAUCCGUCUUCAAAGUCAGCUAUUUCAAAGGUGCUGCCUUCCUCGCCCAAUCGCCUCAGCUUGCAAAACAAAUGGCCAUCGCGGCUGACUUUGAGCGCGUCUACGAGAUUGGACCUGUCUUCCGUGCCGAAGACUCCAACACUCAUCGCCAUCUGACCGAAUUCAUUGGACUCGAUCUUGAAAUGGCGAUCGAGGAGCACUACCACGAGGUCAUGGAAACCCUUGACGGCAUGCUAAAGGCCAUCUUCGCCGGUCUUCGUGAUAAAUACAAGAAGGAGAUCCAAGUCGUCCAGAAGCAGUUCCCUGCAGAAGACUUCAAAUGGCGAGAAGGCCCUGAGGGCACUUUGAGGCUUACCUUUAAGGAAGCCGUCGAAAUCCUGGUGGAGGACGGAGUGCCCAGAGAGGACUUGGACGACUUCAGCACCGAGAAUGAAAAACGCCUCGGCCGACUUAUCAAGGCGAAGUACGAUACCGAUUAUUACAUCAUUGACAAAUUCCCCAUGGCGCUUCGCCCGUUCUACACCAUGCCCGAUCCUGAGGACCCGACCCUGUCCAACUCCUACGAUUUCUUCAUGCGAGGCGAGGAGAUCCUUUCUGGAGCACAGCGUAUCCACGACCCCCAGCUCCUAUGUGAAAAGAUGAAGAGCAAAGGUGUCGAUCCUGAGUCCAUGAAACCCUACGUCGACGCCUUCCGCAUGGCUUGCCCACCUCACGGCGGAGGAGGAAUAGGGUUGGAGCGCGUGUUGAUGUUAUUCCUGAAGCUCAACAACAUCCGCAGAGCUUCCUUGUUCCCUAGAGAUCCGAAGAGGUUGGAGCCUUGA